GAUUUGUCGAAUAAUUAAAAAGUACUGUAUCAUUAUAUCGCAUGUGUAAUGAAUUUGUUUGAACAGAAAUUCGUAACAAAUAAUAUAAUUAAAAUUAUAAUCUACAGUAAAUUAUUGAAGAGCAUGUGAUACUUUAAAACAUAUAUUGUGUAUACAAUAAAUUAUUAUAAUGUACUCGUUCGAAGGCGAUUUUAGGCGGAAGCCACAACAGAAUCUAGCAGGUGCUAGUGCUCAGCGCAAAACAGACAGAGAAACUCUUAUUCUUCAGUCACAACAACAAAGACAGAAGCGUGAGGAACACAGAAAACGACUACACAGUACAAUAAAAAUUCAAGCCUAUGUACGCAGUUACCUUACAAGAAAACAUUUCAAGCAAAACGAAAGAGAAGAGUUUGAUUGUAUCUUUUCUAAAGCAAAUAAUGAUGAUCAAGCUUUGAUAACAUUACUCUUAGCAAAAAUAUUAUUUUUUUAUGACGAUAAAAAGGAUUGUGCAAGAUUGGUUUCUAUGUCUCAACUUUUACUAAAGCAAAGAAAUAAGCUUUUACAAAAUCUGGAAUCAUUAGUACAAAUAAGAAGACUUCUGGCACUACAUCUAUGUUUGUUAAGAGAUGAUAGUGAGGUGCCUUUAGCUGUACCACUUAGGAUGUUUGAAGUGUUUACAUCAGUAAGUUCUGCUGAAUCAUACAUGAGCUGCGAUGAGGCUGUUAAAAAUAUAGGAGCAACAUUUUUGUAUUUAAUAAAGAGGGGCUAUUUUAAAGAUUUAAGACAACUACUAUGCCAGAAAACACCCCCAUUGUAUGGACCAUCACCAAACCCACCGACACCAUUGUGUGGGGCAUUAUUAGACCUAAUACAAAGGCCACUACAUUUGACUAAUCAUGUCAGCAUACCGUUGUAUGAUGACACAGUAAUGACGGAAUUCGCAGCCUCAUUUCUUUGUAAUCCAUAUCCUGAACCGGUAGAAAUGUACAUGUUACCAGCGUUAACACAAGACACCAGUAAAAGAUUUCCAUUUUUGCAACUGCUAUGGUGUUUAAAUGAAGAUAAAUUUAGAUCUAGGAGUUUGUUAAAUGACUCAUGGUUACUGCAUUCAAUUUUGACAUUGGAACCACCGGGAUUUGCUAACGAUAUACGUCAAUUAGAUAACCCAAGACUGCCACAUAACCGAAUCAUCAUAGAAUAUUUAAAAAUAAUAGCCAAAUUAACAGUAAAUGUAUGUAAUAAGCAAAUAACUUAUGAUUACGAAGACUCCCUGUAUAGUCAGGAGACCGCAGCCGAUAAUGACGACGAUAGUGACAGUGAGAACGAGCCCAACCCAACAUCAGUCAGGGAACAGCUGUUGCUCACGAGAUGCAUAGAAGCAUUGAACGAGCCUGACCGUUGUGUGUUGACGACAUGCUCACAGAUAACAGAGUGUGACUUGAGCGAUGAGUUUCUUGAUAGUAUGUCGAAGAUAUGUCAUAAUUUACUAUUGAGUCACAGGAUGGCAUUGCAUAAGUAUAGGCUACUGUACACAUUAGCUUUUAAGCCGAUAUUCCUUCGUGGACUGUGGCAGUGGUUAAGCAGUAUGAGCCAUGAAUCCUCAUUCGGUGGCUCAGCAACACCGUUGCUCUCAGCACUGUCAAGAGGUAUGGGAUCUGAAACAUCAGUCAUCGGAGUACAUAGGUUACUGGCUCCGUUGGCUGUGUUCUGUGCAUUAUUUUCGCUUUUGAUUGGCACAUUACACGAUACGGAAUUCUUUAAAGACACCGAUGGAGAUGAAAAAAUGAUUGUUUCAGAAUCAAGUAAUACGAGUACGACAGUCGUGGGACGUAUUCACGCAUUUGAUUUCUCAGAACUGGGAGGUCUUUGUCGGACUCUAAAACAAGUGUGUCUCGGCUUAGUAGAGCUGGCAUAUCCAGAAUCCAGGCCAUCCAUCUUUGGCCAGUACAAGGAUGCGGUCGGUGGCACUCAUGAGCUCAACGAGAGAAAUCAGACUCCAGCAUGGGCUCAUUUGUUUAAGGUGUGCACGCAGCUGCUGCGGGCGCUGUACGCGCGCGACGCGCGGCUGCAGUUCGCGGGCGGCGCGGGCGCGUGGUGCGCGGCGGGCGCGGGCGCGGGGGCGGCGGGCGCGGGCGCGGCGGGCGCGGCGGGCGAGGGCGCGGCGGCCGCGCUCGUGGCCGCGCGCGCGCCGCGCCUCGCGCGCCCCUACCGCGCCGCCGUGCCGCGCCUCGCCGCCGCCGACCACGAUGAAGGGCCACCCUUAACCAUCAAAGAACUCAGGACGGUUACGAUUUUGAGAGAAAUUCCGUUUGUCGUACCAUUCUCUACGCGAGUUUUAAUAUUCCAAAGUCUUUUGAUGAGGGAAAAGCAGGAUCACUGGUACGAGAUGACAAAUUUUAACGAAGGUCCUUCGAUAAUAAUCAGUGUCCGGCGUACUCAUUUAUAUGAAGAUGCUUUUGACAAACUUAGCCCCGACAACGAACCAGACCUGAAACUAAAACUUCGGGUACAGCUGAUAAAUCAGGCGGGCGCAGAAGAGCCCGGCGUGGAUGGUGGCGGUCUUUUCAGAGAAUUCCUUUCAGAACUGUUGAAGUCCGCGUUCGAUCCCAACCGCGGUCUGUUCCGGUUGACCAAGGACAACAUGCUGUACCCAAAUCCUGGAGUUCAUUUGUUGUACGAUGACUUUCCGAUGCAUUACUUUUUUGUUGGAAGAAUGUUGGGAAAGGCGUUGUACGAAAAUCUUCUAGUAGAACUGCCGCUGGCGGAGUUUUUCCUUGCGAAGUUGUGUUCGACGCGCGAGCCCGACGUGCACGCGCUGGCGUCGCUGGACCCCGGCCUGUACCGCGGCCUGCUCCUGCUGAAGUCGCACCGCCGGGAGGACGUGCCCGACCUCGGCCUCGACUUCACCAUCGUCAGCGACGAGCUCGGCGAGCAGCGCAUAGAUGAGUUAAAACCGGGCGGCGCGAACAUUCCCGUAAUGGCAGAAAAUAGAAUAGAAUACAUACAUCUUGUCGCCGAUUACAAAUUAAAUAGGCAAAUAAGGUCGCAGUGUAACGCAUUCAAACGCGGUCUAACGUCCGUGGUGAACGCGGAGUGGCUGCGGAUGUUUUCCUGUAGGGAGUUGCAGCUUUUAAUAUCCGGAGCCGAAGUUCCCAUUGAUCUCGAAGAUCUUAGAAGAAACACGCAGUAUGGGGGUGGUUUCACGGCGACUCACCCGACAGUGCAAUGUUUCUGGAAAGUGGUGGAGAACUUCACGGACGACCAACGCCGGCAGUUACUAAAGUUCGUCACGAGUUGCUCCAGGCCACCCCUCUUAGGUUUUAAGGACCUGCAGCCGCCAUUUUGCAUCCAGUCUGCGGGUGCGGCGGACCGCCUGCCGUCUUCCUCAACUUGCAUGAACCUGCUGAAGAUCCCCGAGUACCACGCCGAGGAAUUGCUGGCAGAGAAGCUGCUGUACGCCAUCCAGGCGGGCGCUGGUUUCGAACUUAGUUAACUUGGUGAUCUGAGCGGAAGACUCGACGAGACUCAACUAGUGUAGUAUCGGUUUUUUACAUGGAACUAUUAUUUUCGUGUAUACACUUUACACUAUUUAUACCGAUCGUUAAUCUCAAUGUGAUAAAACUCCUUUCGUAGUUGUAAAUAAAUGUUACUGUCAUUUGUUUUAUGUACGUUUAUUUAUUUUUAGAGACGAAUAUUUCUCAAGUGAAUUGUAAAAAGAUUUUUUUGAUUUUUUUUUAUGAAAUACUCAAAAGUACUAAGAGUAGCAAAACAUUCGAGUUUUUAAUGUGUGAUGUAAAUAGUACCUAAACCUAGGUUAGAUUAAGUUGUAAUGUUAUAAUGUUAAAUUAAAUGUGAUGGGCAAUCAUUGAAAUAUAAAUCUCGGUGUUCAUAUUUACGUUUGUGAUUUUAUUUCAAAGUUCUGAAAGUGUCAAAUAAAUUUUUUUUAAACCA